CGUGCCCAUGAAGUUAAGGCCCAGCACGACCCAUAAAUUAUUCGUGCUCGUGCUUGGCUGGCCCAUUUAUUUCGUGCCCGUGCUCGUGUCGUGCCGUGCUAGCCCGUGGGCGGCACGACCCGGUGCCCACGUACACUCACCACAAGGUUAUGCAUAGGAAUAUGGUUGUUUUUCGUGAAUAUGGAUGACCCUUAUGGUUGAGACAAUUGUCCUCCAUGAAAGUUAUUAGUGGUGUCCGGACUUUGGACUUGCUCAGGUUCAAUUUGAAGGUGAUGUUAAGGUGCUCAUUGACAAAAUUAAUGCCAAAGAUGCACGGGAUAGUCGUGUUGGGGUUAUUAUUAAGGAAAUUCUCCAUAUGUUGGCUCUUCAUAGUAGUUUUCAUGUGCGAUUUGUAGGUCGAAUUUGCAAUAAGGUGACCCACCUUAUGGCUCGGAAAGCCCUUUCUUUGCCUCCGACCUCGUGUCGUAUCUUCGAUUUUUGUGUCCUGAAUACGAUACAAGGUGUAAUCUCUGAUCUUUCUAUAAAUCAAUAUGAUAAUAUUUUGUUUAAAAAAACACCGAUAUUUUCACUUUUAUCACCAAAACCGCCAGUAUUAUUUUUUUUAAUUCAUGUUAAUUUCUUUGCAUGGAUUAAAAAAAAGUUACAUAUAUAGAACGCCAGUUAAGUAUUUGAUAGACAUGAUCAAAGGGUAGACUAGACAAUAGGUACAUAUAUAGAACGCCACACUAGACAAUAGACAUGAUCUCAGGUGGUGCCACCUCAGUCUCAGGUGCCAACACCUGGGACUUUCUUCCUGAGUCUCAGGUGGUGACACCUCAGUCUCAGGUGGUCUCGCCUAACUUUUUCUCCAAAACACAAUAUACUUGUCAAUACUUUUUAAUCCGCCAUAUUAGUGGUAAAUUUAAAAAAAACACAAUAUUUGUGUCAUUCCACCAGAUUUUGUUAUUGGCACCGAGCCCCAAAAGCAAUAUCCGAUAGCUUAGUUUGGCCUUGUUGUAGCUAUUGCAGAAGCAGCUUCUGGCUGGAACUUUUAGAUAAGUACUUUUCAAAAAAAAACCAGUCUAGUGUUUGGCUGUAAAAUUAUUAGAAGUGAUUUUUAAUAUGAACGGUUGUGUAAAAUAACUAUAAAGGACUUAUAAUAUAAAAUAUAAAUAAAAAUUUUAAACAAUAAAAAGUAGUCAAAAUGGAUAUUGUUAGAUUUCUUUUAUAUUAAAUUAUAUGAUUUUAUAAUUUAUUUUAUUUUUAAAAUGAUAUAAAUAAAGGAAAAUUAUAUUUUGUGUAAUAAAAUGAAGGAUAAUCUUGUAUUUUCAAAACAGUUUUUCGUAGCUUUUAUGUUAUACAAAAGCGUUUUUCGGCUUUUCAAAUACCAAGUUUUUAGAGAUGUUUGGCCCUGCUUCAGCUUUUAAAGUCGAUAAAAACACUUCUAAAAAUCGGGCCAAAUCAUAGGCAUUGGUCUUUAACAAAUAACUUUUCCAAGAAAAUGGUAUUACGAGUGUCUCUAUUCCAUCUACCGGGCGUGUUGCAGCAGGAAGCAAGCUUUUGUUAACUAACCAUCAACGGAAGCUUAAACUCAAAUCAUCGAUCGAAAGGAAGGCAUAACCAAUCGUCAGCUCGCCACUCACUCACUAGUCACUCCCCUCUUUCUGCUAUGGUUCCCGCUCUCAAUCUAAUCAUCCUUCCUUUAUGAGUAAAACUCAGAGGAAGAAAGAAGACGAAGAAGAAGAAUCCCAAAUCAUGCCGUCUUCGCCUAAAUCUUUCAGCGCCCGUCCGUUCUCCGCUACUCGCAGAUCAAAUGCCCUCGUUGUCAUCGUCUCCCUCUGCAUCGGAAUCUCCGGGUUCGUUUUCGGCCUCACCGCCCUCUUCGUUUCCCCUUCCGCUCGCCGCUGCGCCGGCAACAUCCGCCCGCGAUCGGUGAGUGUCGUGUGGGAGACCAAUGCCCUGACCAGUGAGCUGAAAGCAGACCGAGGCGGCCUCCUUCUCGAUGGCGAGAGGACGAGGCAUAAGGUCAUGGCCUUUGUAGGGAUUCAGACCGGUUUCGGAUCUUCGGGUCGGAGGCAAUCGCUGAGGAAGACGUGGAUGCCGUCGGAUCCCCAAGGGCUUCAACGCUUGGAAGAAUCUACUGGUUUAGCAUUCAGGUUUGUAAUUGGUAGAACCAAGGAUAAACGGAAGAUGUUAGAGCUUGACAAGGAAGUUGAAGCUUAUGAUGAUUUCUUGCUGAUAGAUAUUGAGGAACAGUACAGUAAGCUUCCUUAUAAAACAUUGGCUUUCUUCAAAGCUGCAUAUGCACUCUUCGAUUCCGAUUUCUACGUGAAGGCGGACGAUGACAUUUACUUGAGGCCUGAUCGUCUCUCCACGCUCCUAGCUAAGGAUCGGCCUCAUUCGAGGACAUAUCUCGGCUGCAUGAAGAAGGGACCGGUUUUUAGUGAUCCAAAACUCAAAUGGUAUGAGCCGCUUCACUAUAUGCUAGGGAGCGAGUAUUUUCUCCAUGCUUACGGUCCAUUUUAUGCUCUUUCAGCGGAUGUCGUUGCAAGCUUGGUCGCUCUCAGAAAUAACAGUUUUAGGAUGUUCAGCAACGAAGAUGUUACAAUCGGUUCAUGGAUGCUCGCAAUGAAUGUUAACCACGAGAAUGAUCGACAUCUUUGUGAAACAGAUUGUAGUCCGUCGUCGAUUGUCAUCUCGGAUAUUCCCACCUGUUCAGGGUUGUGUAAUCCAGAGACAAGAUUGUUGGAACUGCACAAGAGGAAGAACUGCACGGAUACACCAACUGUUGAUGAUUAGCAAUUUUGUUCUCCGUUACCCCGACGAAGUUGGAGACCA